GAUGACCAGAGACUGCAGACAUGUACAGGGGAUGACCAGAGACUGCGGACAUGGUACAGGGAUGACCAGAGACUGCGGACAUGGUACAGGGAUGACCAGAGACUGCGGACACAGUACAGGAGAUGACCAGAGACUGCGACAUGGUACAGGGGAUGACCAGAGACUGCGGACAUGGUAAGGGGAUGACCAGAGACUGCAGACAGUACAGGGGAUGACCAGAGACUGCGGACACAGUACAGGAGAUGACCAGAGACUGCGGACACAGUACAGGAGAUGACCAGAGACUGCGGACACAGUACAGGGAAUGACCAGAGACUGCGGACAG